AUGAAGAUACGAAUACGCUGUAAUAGCAAGUCAAACGUAGUCAACGGUAAUGGAUACGUCACAGAACAAGGAAGAAGGAUCAAAGGUAAAGCAGCAGUGAGUGGUCAGGAAAAGAAAAAAAGCGAGAAAAUAAAGCAUCAAGAAGAGAAAAGCAGCAGUAUUGGCUUAAGUUGUAGUGGCGGAAAGGAACGUCCGCUAUUCCCGUCAGAACUUCGUCAGUCACGUGUCAAGGACGACUACCCUCCAGGACAAAAGAAAAACAACUACUCCUUCGAAGUGAAGGAUGGAGAAGGUCAUCCAGUUCUACUCUGA